AUGAUGAUGAUGAUGCGCCGUGUGAUGUGUGUGUUGGCCGUUGUGCUGUGCUGUGCCUGCGGGUAUACCAUGACGGCUGCUGCUACUACUACUGCUGCUAAUGCUGGACAACCAAAGGCGGUGAUGGCCGUUCUCUAUAAUGAUAGUGAUUUAUGGUCUGGUUGGAGUGAUUUUCCUCUUUCAGUGAAGGCGUAUCGUGAUCAGCAAAAGGCAAAAAAAAUGGAAAAGAAGAAUCAAGACGCACUAAAACAGCAACGGGAAAGUGAGGCACUGGAAGAAGCUGUGAAAACACAAGAAAGUAGGCGUGAAACGGAGUUGGAGCGGUCCACCCAAGAGAGCCAAGUUCCUGAAUCAGUUGUUUUGCGUGGGGAGGGCUCAUCUCACCUUUCUACCAGUGGUUCACUUGAUGAUGAAGCAACUACAUUACUGAAGGUAGAACCAAAAGGACAACCAAAUGGAUCUUCAGGAAUACUUUCAGAAAACAGAGAUCUAUCCGGCUCUACAAAAGGUGAAAGCAGAGUUCAGCCUUUAACACGAACAGAUCAACAACCUAACAACGAUCCAUCGAUUAAUUCUGCUCAAGACGGUGCUACGAGUCAUGCUUCUCCGCGCACAGAAAAACCAACAACGACACAUGUUGCUGAAAUAACUAAACCAUUUGGUGCAGAACGUCCAUUGUCAGGAGAUCAUAGUUCGGGAACAACCACAAAAACAACAGAGAGCCAAACUCAGGAAGUUCAUUCAGCCGUACCUAAAGAGCAAAAUAAACCUACACAAGGUAACCAAGAAUCGUCUAAUAACACAGGGGAUAUCAAUACACCUGGCAACUCUAAUCCUACAGAGCAAUCUCCUGCAGCUGCAGUUCCCACUGCCACAGAAAGCUCCAACGAAAACGACACCACUUCUCAGCCGAGCCCCGCAAAUACUGUCAGUGAAGAAUCAACCACAACUCCAUCUCGUGACUCUAAUGCUACCCAGCAAUCUACUGCAACUGAUGAUGUGACUGCCGCAUCAGCCUCACACGAAACAAAUACCACUACU